AAAUAGCUUCACCGGCCAUGAACUUUCUCUGUAACGACAAUAGAAAGAAGAAAUUGAGAUCCAAACACGCGAGUAGCAAGUUUAGUGUUAACCUUCCCCCCAAUUCCCCCUUCUCUCUCUCUCUCUCUCUCUCUCUCGCAUUUUAGUACUAACACUUGCACAAGAUAACGCCGAGACCCUCUCUCGACUCUGUCACCCUCUUUCUCUCUCUUGCAAUAUUUCCCAUUUUUUUUACAUGUUUUGAUUAUUCCAUAUUUCUGUUCUGUAUAAUCCAAGAUUACGAUUUUGUAUAUAAGGUAUUGUAUAUUAAAUUCUCGUUCUUUUACUUUCUCUCUCGCCCCGACUCUGUCAUCUUCUCUCUUUUGGAAAAUUUCCCAAACUUUGCGACCCAAAAAAAAUCUUUUUAACUUCAUAUUUCCACUCUCCGUAAUCAAAGAUCACAAUUUUUUGUCCAGAAUUGUAUCAUGUAUUGUUUUCUCCUGUAUCUGUCUCUGUCUAUCUCUCUGCGCACUGAAGCAGUAAGAGAAAGAGCGAGCAGAUCCAUAUGCUAACAGAGUUCACUGAUUCAAUCUUCUACGAUUGAUUUCUCCAACAUUCUCUUUCACAGUUGUCUUUUUUCUCUCACGAAUUCGGGUUUCCAUUAGUGUGCCUAUUGGGAAAAAAGAGUUGUUCAGACCGUAUUCUUGCGAUGACUCUGUUUCUUGCAAAAUUAGGGUUUAUGGGUGUUCUUGGGUCUGGCGUUUGAUGUGAAAUUCAAAGUUUUUUGGAGUAUCCCAAUUCGAAUUCGAAGUCGUGGAUUUUUGUUUCUUUAUUCGUUAGUGACAAUGAUAAUCAAGCGGAAUUUGAAAUCCCAAAUGCCGAGUCUGAAAAGGAGCAAACUCGGUGACUCGGCGGGUGACGACGAGGAGAACUCGGCAGUGACUCGGAAGAAGAGGAAGACUAAGGACAGCAACAACAAGAAUGGGUAUUACCCUCUCAAUCUUCUUGGCGAUAUCGCCGCUGGUAUAAUCCCCGUGGGCUUUGAAGGGAUUAUCAGUACGGAGAAGGGCUUCGCUGCUUCGUGGUGCACCGAAUUGUCGUGCUCACCCGGGGAAGUCGAGUCGAAAACACGGGUCCGGGAUUUGACAAGAGCGAAGGUGAAAAGUAAUCCUACAGUUGUGGCUGAGGUUUCACGGCCGCCACUGGUGAAAACAUCUCGAGGCCGGGUUCAGGUACUUCCUUCACGGUUUAAUGAUUCGGUUAUCGAGAAUUGGAGGAAAGACAGCAAGACUAGCUUGCGUGAUUAUAGUUUUGAUGAAGAUUCUGAAUGCAAAAAGGAUAAAUUUAGCUUUAAAAGGCCAAAAAUCAGUAGUCAGGAGACGAAAAGAUCUGGUCACCUUGAGAAAAACGGGUUCAAGAGUAGGGAAUAUGCAACAUUGUGUGACGAAGAGGAGGGGGCGGAAGAAGGGCAUGUCGGGUUUAAGAUUUUCAAUGAUAUUAGGAAGUAUUCGAGUUCGCGGAGUACCCUGACAUCGGUAAACGAACAGUUCGGGGAAGAUGAGAAGUACCUGGUAGAGCAAAUUGAGGAGCAGAUUGAGUUUUUGGAGAAUGGUGGGAGGAAAGACGGGUUGUAUGGACCGGAGGACUUCUAUUCAGGUGACAUAGUGUGGGCAAAGCCGGGAAAGAAAGAGCCCUAUUGGCCUGCCAUUGUGAUUGAUCCAAUGACGCAAGCGCCUGAAUUGGUUUUGAGGUCUUGUAUAGCAGAUGCGGCUUGUGUGAUGUUUUUUGGGUACUCUGGAAACGAGAAUCAAAGGGAUUAUGCAUGGGUCAAGCGCGGGAUGAUUUUUCCCUUUACGGAUUAUGUAGACAGGUUUCAGGAGCAGUCUGAAUUGAUUCGCUGCAAGCCAUGUGAAUUUCCGAUGGCUAUGGAAGAGGCAUUUUUGGCAGAAAAUGGUUUUACAGAGAAGUUGAUAGCAGAUAUAAACAUCGCAGCUGGGAACACAAUCUGUGAUGAAACUAUUCAGCUUAGGGGGAUUCAAGAAGCUACUGGUUCAAACCAGGAUCUGGACUGUCACAAUGCUAACCAGGCAAGUUGCAUUCCGAAUGUAAUUGGGAAAAAGAAAGCCACACGUCCUUGUGAAGGCUGUGGUACGACCCUUCCUUUCAAAAUGACAAAGAAAUUUAAGACUGCAACUCCUGGAGGACAGUUUCUAUGUAAAACGUGUGCUAGGUUAACAAAAUCAAAUCAUUAUUGUGGCAUAUGCAAGAAGAUUUGGAAUCAUCCGGACAGUGGAAGUUGGGUACGCUGUGAUGGUUGUAAAGUUUGGGUGCAUGCUGAGUGUGACAAAAUUUCCAGCAACCUUUUUAAGAAUCUGGGGGGUACCGAUUAUUAUUGCCCAACUUGCAAAGCAAAGUUUGAUUUUGAGUUAUCAGAUUCUGAAAAGUCAGAAAAGUCAGAGCUAAAAGUCAAAUGGAACAGAAAUGAUGGUCAAUUGGUGCUACCUAACAAGGUUACCGUGUUUUGCAAUGACAUAGAAGGCAUAUAUUUUCCAAGUCUUCACUUAGUCAUCUGCAAUUGUGGGUUUUGUGGGACAGAAAAGCAAGCACUUAGUGACUGGGUAAAACAUACAGGUUCCAAAUUGAAAAAUUGGAGGACUAGUGUUAGGGUGAAAGGCUCCAUGCUGCCAUUGGAACAAUGGAUGCUGCAGUUAGCAGAUUAUCAUGAGAAUGCUAUUGUUUCUGUAAGAACUAAGAAACCUUCCAUAAAAGAACGAAAGCAGAAGUUGCUAACAUUUUUGCAAGAGAAGUACGAACCUGUUUGUGCUAAGUGGACAACGGAGCGGUGUGCUGUUUGUAGAUGGGUUGAAGAUUGGGAUUAUAACAAGAUUAUCAUAUGUAACCGAUGUCAAAUAGCUGUUCAUCAAGAGUGCUAUGGAGCAAGAAAUGUCCGGGAUCUCACUUCAUGGCUUUGCAAAGCAUGUGAAAAACCUGAAAUCAAGCGGGAGUGCUGCCUUUGCCCUGUAAAAGGAGGUGCUCUAAAGCCAACCGAUGUCGACACAUUGUGGGUUCAUGUCACAUGUGCUUGGUUUAGACCUGAAGUUUCUUUUGCUAGUGAUGAAGUGAUGGAGCCAGCUCUGGGGAUCUUGUGUAUACCAUCCAAUUCAUUUGUAAAGAUUUGUGUAAUUUGCAAGCAAAUUCAUGGUUCAUGCACACAAUGUUGCAAGUGCUCCACUUAUUUCCAUGCCAUGUGUGCAUCAAGGGCAGGGUAUCGCAUGGAGUUGCACUGCUUGGAGAAAAAUGGUAGACAGAUCACGAAGAUGGUUUCUUAUUGCGCCUAUCACAGGGCUCCAAAUCCGGAUACAGUUUUGAUUAUCCAAUCUCCUCUUGGAGUAUUUUCUGCCAAAAGCCUCCUCCAAAAUAAAAAGAAGGCUGGGUCUAGGCUAAUUUCAUCCAACAGAAAAAAGAUCAAAGAGAUACCCAGAGAAGAAACUACUGAGCUUGAGCCAUUCUCAGCUGCUAGGUGUCGGAUCUUUAAAAGAUUAAACAAUCACAAAAAGAGAACAAAAGUCGAAGCAAUUGCCCACCAAGUGAUGGGUCCCUGUCACCAUCCUUUAGGAGAAAUACAACGUCUGAACACUGGCAGAGUAUUAGAGGAGCCUAAAACGUUUUCUUCUUUCAGGGAACGGCUUUACCACUUACAGAGAACCGAAAAUGAUAGGGUUUGCUGUGGUAGAUCUGGUAUACAUGGAUGGGGGCUUUUUGCACGCAGAAACAUUCAAGAAGGAGAAAUGGUUCUUGAAUAUCGUGGCGAACAAGUCAGGCGCAGUAUUGCAGACCUGAGGGAGGCGCGCUACAGAUUGGAAGGCAAAGACUGCUAUCUUUUUAAGAUCAGCGAAGAGGUUGUGGUGGAUGCCACGGAUAAAGGAAACAUAGCACGUCUAAUUAACCAUUCGUGUAUGCCCAAUUGCUAUGCGAGAAUUAUGAGUGUGGGUGACGAUGAAAGCCGCAUAGUACUUAUUGCCAAGACUAACGUAUCUACUGGUGACGAGCUAACGUAUGACUACUUGUUUGAUCCUGAUGAGCCUGAUGAAUUUAAAGUCCCUUGUUUAUGUAAUGCUCCAAACUGCCGGAAGUUCAUGAAUUAGAACACAGCAUAGGCCAUUGUUUCUCCGCAAGGAACACUAACCCAUCUCCCUCGUGGGAUCUUACAGUUAUACAAAAAUUUGUAAGUUUUGUUGAUGAAAAAAAAAAAUCAUAGUGUAUUUUUCUUGCUUUCUUUUUACUUUAUGUCUUCUUUUGACAAUCUUAAUGCUUAUAAAAGCUUUAGAUAGGCUGGCCAGCCUUUGUGUA